AUGGACCCCGCUCCUCAGGGAGACGCGAUCCCUGCAACGGGUGAACUCUCCAAAAAUGCUGCAAAGAAGGCCGCAAAACAAAAGAAACAGGCCGCUGAGAAGGCUGAAAAGGCAGCUAAUAAAGGCAUUGGCAAAUCUGAGUCAAAGACCUCGACCGCGAAAGCCCCCAAAAAGAAGAUUGAGGGUGCCGCUCUUAUUGGUAUAGAUGUCGCGAAGGAAGAUGAUUUUGCUGCAUGGUACCAGCAGCCUCAUUCUUUUUUCAUCUGGGAAGAGAUACAAGCGUGGUUUAAUGAUAAAAUUAAGAAGAUGGGUGUUAAAAACUGUUCUUUUCCAUUAUUCGUGUCCGAAGACGUCCUGAAAAAGGAGAAGGAUCACAUAGAAGGAUUCGCCGCAGAAGUCGCCUGGGUUACACAUGCUGGAAAUAAUCAAUUAGAGAAAAAGAUCGCUAUUCGUCCAACUUCAGAAACGGUGAUGUACCCAUAUUAUGCGAAAUGGAUUCGAAGCCAUCGUGAUCUUCCACUUAAACUAAACCAAUGGAACUCGGUGGUAAGAUGGGAAUUCAAAAAUCCUCAACCAUUCCUUCGCACUCGUGAAUUUUUAUGGCAAGAAGGGCACACCGCGCACUUAACUGAAGCGGCUGCACGCGAGGAGGUUCUUCAAAUUCUUCAGCAUUACGCUCAUGUCUAUGAGCAGCUUCUUGCGGUCCCAGUCAUCCAAGGACAAAAAACUGAUAAAGAGAAGUUUGCUGGUGGUCUUUACACCACCACUGUUGAAGGUUACAUCCCGGCUACUGGCCGUGGUAUUCAGGGUGGCACGUCCCAUGGACUAGGUCAGAAUUUUAGCAAAAUGUUCAACAUAACCGUCGAAGACCCUACUUCAAAACCCGAUGAAAAGAAGCCGCCACUUUACGUCUGGCAGAACUCAUGGGGUUUAUCCACUCGUACGCUUGGUGUUAUGGUGAUGGUACAUAGCGAUAACCGCGGAUUAGUACUUCCUCCGCGAGUGGCUGAUAUUCAGACCGUUAUUGUUCCUGUCGGGCUUACGGCGAAGACUCCUGACGAUGUGCGCUCAUCGAUUAACGCUGAAAUUGAGCAUUUGAGGUCCGUCUUAGAGGCAGCUGGAGUGCGGGCCGAAGUCGACAAACGCGAGGGCUAUAGCCCAGGCUGGAAAUUCAACGAUUGGGAACUCAAAGGUAUCCCUCUUCGUCUCGAAUUUGGCCCCGGAGAGUCAGCCGGCGGCUUUGUAACUACGUCUCGUCGCGAUAUUCCCGGGAAGGAAGGGAAAUCUAGCAUUCCAAUCUCUGAGUUAGCUACAGCCGUCCCAGCCCUUCUUGAAACCAUCCAGGCAGACCUUUACGCCCGCGCAGACGCUGAAUUCCGCGCCCAUAUCAAACACAUCACGAGGUGGGAAGACUUCUGCCCUGCUCUUAAUGAUAAAAAUCUUUGCAUGAUCCCGCACUGUUUGACAGAACAAUGCGAAGACGAGAUUAAAGAAAUGAGUGCUCGAAAAGCCGAAGAAGAAACAGGCGAAGCUAUUGAUGCCAAAAUGCCAAGCAUGGGCGCAAAGAGUUUGUGCAUCCCAUUCGAACAGCCGGCAGGCAUUGAAAAGGGUGUUACAAAAUGUACAAAUCCCAAGUGCUCAAAGAUGGCAGAGCAAUGGUGCUUGUUUGGACGUAAGUUUCCCUUCGUGUUAACACAGCUCUUGCAACCAUGGUUUCAGCAACUAAUCGAACCUUGCUGCUCUUCUCCAGGCUCAUACUAA